UACAGCCGGUGAUUGGCUGCGGAAAUAACUCUGAAAGGAUAAAGAGGCGCGAGGUGGAAUUGGGGUCCGCUCUAAGCUGCAGCAAGAGAAAGUGUGUGUAAGAGGGAACAGGCCAAGUCUAUAGCCCCGGGUUGUACAUGUCUCUUUCCUCUCUUUGGGGCUGUGCAUCCAAGGGAAAGCGAGACGGGACUCCAUACAUUUAUUGCACCAGUCACUGCUCUUCCUACCAGGAAGACACACAACUAUUAAUGUUGCUUGGUUGCAUGGACGGGGCUUUUUCCCCCCCGUUUAAUUCCUCGCAGCUACAGAGUAACAAACGAACAAACUCCUGAUCCCUCUACCACGAGUCCUCGAUUACGGACGAUUUUUUUUGUGGGAGGUGGGCAUUUUUUAAUUUUUUUUUAAACGGCUUUUGGAUUUUGGUGUGCCCUUUAACGAAACAAGAGACUUUUAGUGGUGGGCGUGCUGCUUUUUGCUGAAACACCUCGAGUAGAGUAAAAGUAGGGGGAAAAGUAAGGGGGGAAGCACUUGUGAGCUGCGGGGUGAGGGAAGAGGUGGGAAAAAGAACUUGGAUUGGUGGUUUUUUUUUUAUGUUUUGUUUUUUAAAGAAAAGCUCUCUCCACUUGGAGUCCGGCUUCUGCAACUAGAUUCUCCGUGCAAAGUUGCAGGGUAGAGGCGUGCACAAAGUGCCAGAGAAACAAAGCGGUGUGGAGCUACAACUACUUCUCAGAGGGGACGGUGCCUUAAGUAGCAGAAGGACGGAGCGCUUGCGAAGGGAGCCUGAGAGCACCCAGUGACUGGGAAAGUUGAGUGUCUUGUUUCAAGCUGGUGCCAAACUGAGACCCGCCGAUUUCCCCACAGCUGCCGCCGCCGCCAACGCGCGCCAGCCCCCGAGAUGGUGCAACAGACGAACAACGCGGAGAACACGGAAGCGCUUCUGGCGGGCGAGAGCUCGGACUCCGGAGCCGGCAUCGAGCUGGGCAUCGCCUCCUCUCCCACGCCGGGCUCCACGGCUUCAACAGGGGGCAAAGCGGACGACCCGAGCUGGUGCAAGACGCCCAGCGGCCACAUCAAGCGGCCCAUGAACGCCUUCAUGGUGUGGUCCCAAAUCGAGCGGAGGAAGAUCAUGGAGCAGUCGCCGGACAUGCACAACGCCGAGAUCUCGAAGCGCCUGGGCAAGCGCUGGAAGCUGCUCAAGGACAGCGACAAAAUUCCCUUCAUCCGGGAGGCGGAGCGGCUGCGCCUCAAGCACAUGGCGGACUACCCUGACUACAAGUACCGGCCCAGGAAGAAGGUGAAAUCGGGCACAAACUCCGCGAAGCCGGGAGAGAAGAGCGGGGGUGGAGGGAGUGGCGGCGGCGGCAACAGCCCAGGAGGAGCCGCCGCAGCCGUCGCCAACUCUUCCAAAGUCGCCCUCAAAAAGGGCAGCGCCGCCAAACUCUCCCCCAGUGGCGCCGGCAAGCCGCAUCCCAAACUGAGCCUGAGCGGCGGCGGCGGCAGCAAAAGCUCGUCUUCGUUCUCAGCGUCUGAGCAGCCAGCUGCCCUCCUGCCCCCGGAGCACCACUCGCUGUACAAAUCCCGCGCCGCUUCACCGGGCUCCUCCUCGCCCUGCAGCAGCAGCAGCAAACACCUCCCCGAGAAGAAGGCCAAGCGGCUCUACCUCUUCUCGCACGCGUCGCCCGGUGGCGCCGUGCCUGCCAGCCCGACGCUGAGCACUUCGACGGAAGCCAGCGACCCGCUCAGCCUCUACGACGAAGCGGGCGCCGCCGCCGCCGCCGGGAGUCAGCAGGACGGGGGCGGCGGCUGCAGGGAGUCCGCGGCUUCCCCCGCGGGCGGCUGUUCCCCGUCGGACCACCGAAGCUAUACCAGCCUGAGGGCGCCCUCGCCAGCGCCGUCCACCUCGCACUCGUCGUCGUCCGGCUCCUCUUCCGCCUCCUGCGCUUCCUCCUCCUCGGACGACGAGUUCGAAGACGAUCUGUUGGACCUCAACCCGAGCCCGGGCUUCGACAGCAUGGCCCUGGGCAGCUUGAGCUCGUCGGUGCUCGACAGGGACCUGGAUAUUAACUUCGAGCCCGGCUCGGGCUCGCACUUUGAGUUCCCGGACUAUUGCACGCCGGAGGUAAGUGAGAUGAUAUCGGGGGACUGGCUCGAGUCCAGCAUUUCCAACCUGGUCUUCACGUACUGAGGGGGACGAAGGAGGAGGGGGGGGAAGCAAGAAGCGUGUGCGCGCGCGUGGGGAGCGAGAGAGACGCAAAGACGGCACGGACCCCACGCGCGCUGAGGACAGCCUGGAGAGCGAGCAUUUCGGCCACGCUUGUGGAGGGGUGUUUUUUUCCCCCCUCCUUAACGAAACUGACUUGGGGUGUGUGUGUGUGUACGCGUGUGCGUGAUUUUGCAAAGAAAACGGCAAAAGGGAUCAACCUUUUUUCUUGUUACUUUUUUGGGUUGCCGUUGAGAAAAAGCAACCGCAGAAGUGUCUGUCUAGCGGAACAGAUCCUCAGCCUUCCCCCCCGUUUUUCCACGCUCCAGCAGCCGACGAAGGAGUUCCACGUUUCAGAGACUAUGGCGAGAAUCAAGUGGCUUCAGCAAGAAUGCAGGGCGAGGGCGGGGGGUGGCAGCCGCGCACAUCUCUCCAGGGUUUGUUUCUUACCCAGUUCGAAGGGAUUGGGGGUGGGGAAUAGAUUGUGCUGUAUGCAUUAGCUAUCUCUGGGGGGUGGGGCGGCGGGGGGGUCCAUUGCAAGUAGAACUGCAGGACUUGCAGUGGGGGAGGGGUUAGUCCUAGUUUGCGGGGGUAGAGGAGGGUGCUCUUGGACAUCAGGAGGCGAUCCGGAGUAAGAGACUGGCCCUGGCAACUGGACUGAGAUCCGAAGUGGGAUGGAGAGGAAGGAGGCGUUUAAAAACAAUGAACUGGAAGCCCGGCAAAGAAGAAGAUAAUAAUAAAACCGAAAAAGGAUUUGCACGUAUAAAGGAGAAGGUGGCCGCCGUUUUCUUGGUCACCUUAUAGUAUAUACAGAGAAGUCAGUAUGUGUGGAAUUUCAGCAACACUGAACUUUUUUUUUUUUUUAAUUGGAGAAAGAUAUAGAGUAAACCAAGUUUCUGUAAGGAUGUGGUACAGGGGAAAUAAAGGGCAGUUGCUCUUUCUUGCGAAAAUGUGUUUUUCUUACUCAGAAUCGUGAUGGUGUUGGAUUAUUUCACUGGUGGGUUUAAUAUAGCAUGUUUUCCUAUCUUUCUGAGGUUUCUGUAAGACUGUUGAACAGUUUAAAAAGAAUAGUGUUAGAAUAAUAUAAAAAGCAGAUAGAUGGCGCUAUGUUUGAUUCCUACAAAAUGAUCACCAGCUUUUUUUCAUUCUUAACUCUUUAAAGGAUUCAAACGCAACUCAAAUCUGUGCUGGAUUUAAAAAACAAAUCAGGACCAAAUUUUUUCUCAGUGUAUGUGUGCGUGUGUGUGUUUCUUUCUAGAUGUAAAUGAAGACUUUUUUUCACACCAUGAUGAUCCAUCCUUGAAAGGUUUUUUUCUUUGUAAAUGAAAUUGGAUGCCAUUUUGUAAAGUGAAAUAUUUAUACUGGCCAAACAUUUUUUACUUGUAUUACUUUGUCCUUUUUUUAGUAGUUCUGUUGUUACCCACACCAUUUUUAUGUCACCUUCACCGAAGGGCUAGAGUUUUAACUUUUAAUUUUUUAUAUUUAAAUGUAGACUUUUGACACUUUUAAAACAAGAGAAGAGAGAUGAAAACGUUUGAUUAUUUUCUCAGUGUAUUUUUGUAAAAAAUAUAUAAGGGGUGUAAAUUGCUGUUUUGAAUUUCCUGAUUAUGACAGGGCUGCUGGUUAAUCUCUCUCAAGCAAAAAAUCAGCCCCUACUUUCAUCAUGUUUACACUCCAAUCUGCAGGCUUCUUAAAGAGACAGUAUCCCUUGUAUCCACUGUUCGACUCUCUGUAGGAGUUGAGAGAGAGAGAGGGAUUGAACUAAUAAUUCACUGUAGGGCUAACGUCUAACAAAUGCAACCCCCUCUCAAAGAAAAUAGUAUGUUGUACAGAAACAACUGGAGCAUUUUCAGGAAAAAAAGGGAUCCUGUAGCUUUAACUUGUAAACCACAUCUUUUGCACUUUUUUAUAAGCAAAAAACAAAAAACCGUGCCGUUUUUAAAUCACUGGAUCUAUCUAAAUGCCGAUUUGAGUUCGCGACACUAUGUACUGCAUUUUUUCAUUCUUGUAUUUGACUAUUUAAUCCUUUCUACUUGUCGCUAAAUAUAAUUGUUUUAGUCUCUUAUGGCAUGAUGAUAGCAUAUGUAUUCAGGUUUAUAGCUGUUGUGUUUUAAGAUGAGAAAAAGUGAAAACAUCUUUGUACAUUUAAGUCUGUAUUAUAAUAAGCAAAAGAGAUUGUGUGUUUAUGUAUGUUAAUAUAACAUGACAGGCGCUAGGACAUCAGCCUAAUGAGGAGGUUCCGUUAAGGGUUUUUUCUUUUUUCUUUUUGUUACUUUUUUUUUGGUCAUUCAUCCUGUGCAAUAUGCUGUGUGGAAUAUCUUUGUCUAACAAUCUGCCCAUAACACAACAUGGGGUGGGGUGGGGGGAAACUGGCUAAUUAUGCCAAGUUCACUGCCUGUCAGAUUGUCAAUAUACUUUCUGUAAAUAACCUUCCCCCCCCCCCAAAGGAAAUAAAAUCAGCUGGAACUGAA